UGAAACUGUAACCACAAUUAGUAAACAUUUCGUGAGUGAUUGGAGCAGCAGAGUGCGCUAAAAUGACCAACACGGGGCAAAUAGUGUCUAAGGGCACAUUAAAUGACGGUUUAGUUAAUAGUAGUGUGAUUUUCCGACGAAAUCGAGCACUUGGAUAUGUGAGCAACAGCGUGCCAGCCGCGAUCCGAUAUGUGCGGCGACGUAAGGAUACAUUGAUCACCACUUGUAUUGGUCGUUCCUUUCAAGUGUACACGGCUAGCCACUUUCGCUUAUUGCAUGUCGGGCCAGUGCAUCCAGACGAAAUAACAGCCUUGGCUAUGGAUCGUAUACACACCUACACGGCCAGUAAUCGCUGUAUUUAUGCUUGGCGCGCCGGCAAACACCAACGACACGUGUUUCGUGGUCACACACGCAAUGUACAUUUAUUGUUGCCAUUCGCUGCACAUUUAAUAGCUGUAGAUGAGGCGAAUGUUUUACGUGUUUGGGAUAUAGCAAAAGAAGAAAUAUACUUAGAAUUAAAAUUCAACGCGGAUGAAUUUUUAAUUACCGCCUUGGCACAUCCGCCUGCCUAUCUGAACAAAAUUGUAUUAGGCUCCCAGCAGGGUAUGCUUAAAAUUUUGAAUAUUAAAGAAAAUCGUGUGGUGUUCACUUUUGCUGGUGCGGGCAGCAGGGUAACUUGCAUACAACCAUCACCAGCACUAGAUGUCGUUGCAGUUGGACACCAAGAUGGCACCAUUGUACUACUCAAUCUGAAAUUCGACGAAGUACUUAUGACGUUUAAACAAGACUGGGGUCAAGUUACACAGAUAUCGUUUAGAACAGAUGGACCACCAAUAAUGGUCACAGCUUGUUCAAAUGGUCAUGUUGCAUUUUGGAAUCUGGAUGAUCGAAAGAUUGCUGGACAAUUACAAGCUCAUGAGGACUCAGUUGCUACUGCUAUUUGCUUCAACAACGAACCGCUACUUUUUACCACUUCGCCAGAUAAUUCAAUGAAAUUGUGGAUUUUCGAUAUGCCAGAUAAUGGAGCACGCAUGUUACGUAUAAGAGAAGGACACACUGGACCGCCUUUAUGUAUAAGAUAUCACGGCAAUAGUGGCACUACAAUACUUUCCGCUGGAGAAGACAGUGCUUUACGUGUAUUUAGUACCAUUACAGAAUCGUUUAAUAAAAGUAUGGGCAAAGCUAGCUACAACCGAAAGAAGUCAAAGAGGAGAAAUCGUUUCGAAGAGGACUCAUUACGCAUGCCUCCAAUUAUCGAAUUUACCAGCGAGACAACUCGGGAACGUGAAUGGGAUAAUAUAGCGGCACUGCACGAAGGCGUCAUACAAACAACAACAUGGUCAUUUCAUAAAAACCGCAUGGGCAGACAUCGUCUGAUCCCGGAGAAAUUCCAAAAUAAGAAUCGAACAGACUAUAAUACAAUUACUACUUGUGUAACACUCACACACUGCUGUAACUUUGUCAUCAUUGGUUAUUCCAGUGGCGACUUGGAGCGCUUUAACAUUCAAAGUGGCAUACAUCGCGCAAGUUACGGUGAUCCGGCGCAUAAAAGCGCAGUGCGCGGUGUAGUUUCCGACAUACUAAAUCAAUUCGUCAUCUCUGGAUGUGGCGAAGGUCUACUAAAAUUUUGGCCUUUCAAAGAGAAAGUUUCAAAUUAUAUGAAGUGUCUUAAAUUUUCUGAUGGAAUCGCGCUAAUGCGCAUACACCGCGAGAGUGCUAUGCUUGCUGUUGCCCUGGUUAACUUCUCCGUACACAUUGUCGAUGUGGAUACACGUGUUGUGGUGCGUAAAUUCGAGGGACACAUUGCUAAAUUGAAUGAUAUGACUUUCAGCCCCGACAGUCGAUGGCUUAUUACCGCAAGCAUGGAUUCGACCAUCAAAGUAUGGGAUAUACCAUCCUCCUACAUGAUAGAUCACUUCAAAGUAGAUCGUCCAUGUGUGUCGCUUAGCAUGUCACCAAAUGGUGAUUUUCUUGCAACAGCACAUGUAAAUUAUUUGGGAAUAUAUUUGUGGGCGAAUAAGAUGCUCUUCAACCAAAUAACACUGCGCUCCAUCAAUCCGUAUAGUACGCCGCCCUUCGUUGGUUUACCAAUUAGUGCCAGCGAUGAUAUGGACGUAGCUGAUCUAAUGCAGAAAACAAAACUGGCUGAAACCGGCAAUGAUGAAGAUGAGGAUAUGAGUGAUGAAGAAGUGGGUAAAGAGAUCAAUUUAACAUACGAAUCACCAUCACAGCUAGACAGUGAUUUGAUUACACUUUCUGGCGCUGCGGCAUCGCGUUGGCAAAAUCUGCUUGACCUCGAAGUAAUUAAGAAACGUAAUAAGCCGAAGGCGCCACCUAAAACGCCCAAACAAGCGCCAUUUUUCCUGCCAACUGUUGCUGGCUUAGAUAUAAAGUUUGAUAUUGGUCAAAACACCGACAAUGCAGCUAAUAAUGAUGGCUCGCGUGUCUUGCAGCCAGGUGCUGGUGGUCUCAGCACAUUAACCAACUUCGGUAAAAUGCUUAAUGAGUCGGCAGACAGCAAAAAUUAUGAUCAAUGUGUUGAUCAUCUUAAACAGCUUGGUCCAUCCAUGAUUGAUUUUGAAAUUAAAUCGUUGCAUCCGAAUGGCGGCGGUUCUUAUCGCAUCAUGGUUGCGUUUUUGAAAACAAUUGAAUCGAUGUUUCAGUCAAACAUCAACUAUGAACUGGCGCAAGCGUACUUGAGUGUUUUCCUACGUGUCUACGGCAUAGAUUUAUUGGACUCUGAAAGUGUUAUUGACGCAUUGGAGCAAGUUUCAGAAGUGCAAGAGAAAAGUUGGAAGGUCAUUGAGGAUAAACUGUUGUUUGGCUUGGGUGUGGUGACUGCACUCAGGAAUUUCGUCUAGAUAUGGAAUAGAGGGCAUUCGUAGACACUUAUUUAAGCUAAUAAUAUUAUACCAUCUUUUAUGGUACAGCUAGUUAUAACUCUGUAUUAUUGUAAUACAUAAUAAAGUUCGUGUAUGUUUUUUAAAUAUAC